AUUAUUACUCUUUAUGGAUAAAAAGAAAAAAAACUUAGCGCGAACGCGUAUUUUUCUAAAUUUUUAAAUUCACGAACAAACAAUUAAUAAUUUUUUUCAAGAAAUUUAUGAAUCGCAUUAUAUAUUAAAAAUACCUAGUAAAAAAGCACUGUAAUAAAAAAAUGAGGCAUAAAUUACCGAUUUUACUUGUCAUUAACCUUUUCCUCCUGAUAACUUUUGGCGAUGUGGUAAAGGGAGAUAACAUUAUUAAUAAAAAAAAGGAUAUAUGGAAAUAUAGAUUUACUGUAGGAAAGGGAACUCCCAAAAAGAAUGAAGAUUUCAAUGAUAAAAAUAAGGAUAAGGAUAAGGAUAACAAGAAAGAUAAAGAUGAUUUCCUAACGAGCGGCAACCAUAAGGACGAUAUGAACGACUCCCGCAGCAUAAUGCUCUUGAGAGAAAUUUACGAAAAAGACAACCAACUGAGUAUCAUUAACAGAAAAAAGAAAAAGUAUAAAACAGCUACCUUCACCUUGGGUACUCUGAUAACCAUAAUAGCAUUACGCGCCAUUGCGGACCUAGCCGUGAAAGGUAUUUCCAAGCUCUUCCAGAAGGAAGAAAGUUUGCUUAGUGGAUUAAUUUUUGACAAGUGGAGCUUUAACAAUUUAAAAAAAAAGAACUUGCUUAUUGAGUCACUGGAGUGAUGGAAGCCUCGGCGUGAAAGAAGUCUUGGCGUGAAAGAAGCCUUGGCAUGAUAGAACCCUUGGCGUGAAAUAAUCGAAUCGCCUUUGAUUAAAAUCGAGUGUAUUUCUUUAAAUUUCCCCUUUGAGAGUCCGCAACUCUUGGAUCAGCGAAGAUAGCGCAGGGGGAUAUAGCAGGAAAAAAGGGGAAUACUCGCCACUUUUUUAACACAAUUAUUUUUAUCUCCACUCCUGUUGCACCGCGGUGCUGCUAACAACUAACACUAUACACUGUUCCCAUUGUUUUUUUUUUUUUUUUUUUUUUAUACCAUGUAUAGCCCUAAUUAUUGAAGUGUACUACAUUCCCCAGUGCAUAAACAGUAUAUUAAUUUAUGCCUCUGUUUAUUAAGGUUUAGUGCAUUAAGGGUAUAUAUCUACGCAUUUAUUAUCCACGUGCGCAUAAAUAUGUAUGUACAUGUAUGUAUGUAUAUAUAUAUAUAUGUAUGUAUAUAUUUAGGUGCAUGCAUAUACAAAUAUGUUU